AUGUCAACUCUUGAGUUAAAUGGCAUCAUAAAAAAAUUCCUCAAAGAAAGCAGAUACAUGAUUGUUCUAGAUGAUGUAUUGCAUGCAAAAAUGUGGGGUUCGCUCAAAUAUGCAUUGCCUCAAAACACUUACAGCAGUCGAGUGAUGCUUACAUCACACAGCAUUGAAAUUGCCUUUAGAUUCUAUACAGAAUCUAAAAAUAAAGCUCCUACUCUAGAGAUUGUAGAAGGUUUUGAGAAAGAAAAAGAUGGAAAGACUUUGGAAGAAGUUACUGAGAACUACCUCAAUGAGCUUCGUAGUAGAAGCUUGAUGCAAGUCAGCAAACUAGUGAGGGCAAAAUCUGAUUUUUCAUUGAAAAGAUCACUUGGUGGUGCUAUCAGGCUGCUCGGGGCAUUGGAAUUGAGAGGAGUGAACUUAGAGAAAUUUUCAAAUGAGGUGUUCAGGCUAUACCAUUUGAGGUAUCUAAGUUUAAGAGAAACCGAAGUAAGAGUCAAUCCAACUUCAGUUAGGAAGCUCCAGAAACUGGAGACAUGA